GUUCUGGCCCAUCUCGCUGGCUCGCUGCCGAGCGCCCAGACGGCCAGACGGCCAGACCCCCCUCCCCUCGCUCGUCUCCCUCCUUCUGGCCCAUCCCGCUGCCGAGCGCCGCCCCAGCCCCCUCGCUCGUCUUCCUCCUCGCGCGAGCGCCGGCACCGCCGGUUGGUCUCCCCUUCGGCUCUCUCGCUCCCGACCGUUUCUCCUCGCAUCACCCCCACGAACCAAUUCCGCCCUUUAGCCCCCCUUUUCUUCUCCUUAAUUUUCUCCAAUUCGUAUCGGAGACAAAACAUCAAGGUAGGCCGGCCGCUUCUCCAAUUGGUAACGGAAGACAAAACAUCAAGGUAGGGUGGCCGCUCUACCUUGCUCUACUGGGUACUCCGCCUGUGCUUCUCGCCGGAACUACGAUUGUUUCCACAUGGCGGCGACGGGGCAGGUCGGUGACGAUGUAGAUCACUACGAGGUACUCCGCCUCCCGUCCGGCGAGGAAGGCGCGGCGCUGAGCGUCGAGCAGAUCGAGAAGGCCUACCGCACCCAGUCGCGGCUCCGUCACCCCGACAAGCGCCCCGACGACCCCAACGCCACCGCCGACUUCCAGAGCCUCGCCAGCUCGUACAAGUUCCUCCGGGACGAGUCCCUCCGCCGGCAGUUCGACGCCCGCCUCCGCGGCCGCCGCGAGGCCGCCGCCCGCGCGGCCGCCACAGGGGUCAAGCGACGGAAGGCCGUGGCAGACCUAGAGGAGCGCGAGCGCGCCUUCGCCGCCGGCGGAGGCCUGUCUGUCGACCCUGCCGAGGUUGCUAAGCGAGAGGACAAGCGGAAAGCUGCCGACAUUAAGCGUGAACUGGAUGAGUUCUUGGCGGCCAAGCAGUCGGGCGCCACGGGCGCUGCUUCCACUUCGGCUUAUGGAGAUAAGAAGGGUGGAACUCCAGAAAAUGGAGGAAAAACAGACAAGGGAAAGAUCUUGAAGGUUUCAUGGCAAGAUGGUGCAGAUAAUUACACUGCAGCAAAGCUGGAUGAAAUCUUUAAGCAAUUUGGCAAGGUUGAAGAUAUUGUGAUCAAGACCCGGAGAUCGAAGAGUAGUGGUUCAGCAAUUGUUGUGAUGGCUUCCAAAGAGGCAGCAGAAUUGGCACUGAAGAGCGAUUUUGUAUACUUACCUUUAAAGGUCAGCACUAUGGGCGGGUUACCAGGGUCAACUCAAACAUCUGAACUGAGGACAAGCAACAUUGAAGGAGCUGGAUUCAAUGAUUUGGAAGCAUCGGUAUUCCGGAAACUUCAAGAGGCCCAGAAAAGAAAGAAAAUGUGAAUAAUUGGUGCUUCUCAAAACUAUGAGCUAGCAAAUUACAGAGGAUAUUCCUUGUUACGAUACCUGAGGAUCGUCAGAAUGCAGUUGCGAAAUGGGAACAUUUUUUGUCGCUGAGAAAUUGAUAUGUAUCCUGAUUCCUGCACAUGGUAGACAAAGUUUGUGUGCAAUUACUGCCAUGCAUGUCUGUGCUCGAUUGUUGUGUAAUUUUGGAGUUCUUUGUAACCAAGAUACACUACAGGUCUACAUCUAGUUUUUGUCAGGCAGUGAAAAGGAACCUAAUCAUACUUGUAUUCUAGACCGCACACCUUAUUCUUGGUGUAGCAAUAGAUAGUCUGAAGGUAGUUGGUAAGCC